GACUCAACUUGUCAAAAUGGCGUUGUUCGUAGUAGGAGACUGGAGUUAGUUCAUAUUGUACAGUGGUAUUUAUUCCGUUAUUGGGCCACACACACAAAGUUAGCCACGACAGUAUGGCGACCCUGGAUCAGAAAUCACCAAAUGUGCUUCUCCAGAGCCUCUGCUGCAGAAUCACGGGGAAAAGCGAAGCUGAAGUCGCCCACCAGUUUCAGUAUGCAGUGCGAGUCAUUGGCAGUAACUACGCCCCCACCAUUGAACGCGAUGAGUUCCUGGUGUCAGAGAAGAUCAAGAAAGAAUUGCUGAAGCAGAGGAGAGAAGCAGACGCUGCGCUGUUCUCAGAGCUGCACAGAAAGCUCCAGACGCAGAGUGUUCUGAAGCAUCGCUGGUCUGUUCUCUACUUGCUGCUCAGCCUCUCUGAAGACCCCCGCAAACCAUCCAGCAGGGUCGGAAACUAUGGGGCCCUCUUUGCCCAGGCUCUCCCCAGGGACGCCCACUCCACCCCGUUCUACUGCACCCGGCCCCAGAGCCUGGCCCUGGGCUACGGGGAGAGGAGCGCAGGUCUGUCGGCCAGCGUGGGCACCAGCGGAAUCUCCAGCCUGGGCGUCUACACACUGAACGGGCCCACACCGACGCCGCAGUCGCUGCUGGCCGGUCAACCCCCUCAGUCCGCAGCGGGAGGCGGUCAGCCUCUGGGCUCUCGACUGGCCUGGACUCUUCCUGUAAGCUGCUCCCCUUCCUCCGCUCUGGCCCUGCCCGCCACUCGACCACUCCUCGGACCUCCAGUUCCCUCUACCAGAGUGGUCCGUCCUCGCCGAGACGGGGAGGUGAGCGAGGCGGCGCUGGUGCGGGACAUCCUCUACGUCUUCCAGGGAAUCGAUGGAAAGUUCAUCAAGAUGAGCGCCCAGGACAACUGCUACAAAAUAGACAGCAAGGUGGUGCUGUGCAAGUCCCUGAGGGACACCAGCAGCAGACUGGCCGAGCUCGGCUGGCUCCACAACAAAGUCAGGAAGUACACCGAUGCCAGGAGCCUCGAUCGGGCCUUUGGACUGGUCGGACAGAGCUUCUGUGCCUCGCUCCAUCAGGAGCUGAAGGAGUACUACAGACUGCUGUCUGUCCUCCACUCACAGUUGCAGGUGGAGGAUGAGCAGGGUGUGAACGUGUGCACAGAGAGCAGUCUGACUCUCAGGAGGCUCCUGGUCUGGAUGUACGACCCCAAAGUCCGACUCAAAACGCUGGCCGCCCUUGUCGACUUCUGCCAAGGUCGGAAAGGAGGCGAGCUGGCCUCUGCAGUCCACUCUUACGGGAAAACAGGAGACCCGCACAUGAGAGCGCUGGUUCAACACAUCCUCAGCCUGGUGUCACACCCCAUCCUCAACUUCCUGUACAGGUGGAUCUAUGACGGAGAGCUAGAAGAUACCUACCACGAGUUCUUUGUCGCAUCAGAUCCCAACGUGAAGACAGAUCGUCUGUGGCACGACAAAUACUCCCUCAGGAAGUCAAUGAUCCCAUCAUUCAUCACCAUGGACCAGGCCCGCAAGGUUCUGCUCAUCGGUAAAUCCAUCAACUUCCUGCAUCAGGUUUGUCAUGACCGAACGCCGCCGGCCAAGAUCACGCCAGCAUCCAAGUCUGCAGACACACCUAAAGACGCUGCAGAGCUGCUGUCUGACCUGGAGGGGGCGUUUCAGGAGAAGAUCGACGCUGCCUACUUCGACACCAGCAAAUACCUGCUGGAUGUUCUCAACCGCAACUACCUGCUGCUGGAGCAUCUGCAGGCCAUGAGGAGAUACCUGCUGCUGGGCCAGGGAGACUUCAUCAGACACCUCAUGGACCUGCUCAAACCGGAGUUGGUGCGUCCUGCCACUACUUUGUACCAACACAACCUGACUGGUAUCUUAGAGACGGCAGUCAGAGCCACAAACGCCCAGUUUGACAACGCAGAGAUCCUCAAGAGGCUGGAUGUCCGUCUGCUAGAGGUGUCUCCUGGUGAUACGGGCUGGGAUGUGUUCAGUCUGGACUACCAUGUUGAUGGACCCAUUGCUACGGUGUUUACAAGGGAGUGUAUGGGCCACUACCUGCGGGUGUUUAAUUUCCUGUGGAGGGCCAAGAGGAUGGAGUACACACUGACUGACAUCUGGAAGGGACAGAUGUGUAAUGCCAAACUGCUCAAAACCAUGCCUGAGCUGUCCGGCGUGCUGCAUCAGUGUCACAUCCUGGCCUCCGAGAUGGUCCACUUCAUCCACCAAAUGCAGUACUACAUCACCUUCGAGGUGCUGGAGUGCUCCUGGGACGAGCUGUGGAACAAAGUGCAGCAGGCUCAGGACCUCGACCACAUCAUCGCUGCACACGACGUCUUCCUCGACACCAUCAUCUCAAGAUGCCUGCUGGACAAUAACAGCAGGUCUCUUUUGAACCAGCUGAGGGCCAUAUUUGACCAGAUCAUCGAGUUCCAGAGCGCCCAGGACUCCCUCUACCGCUCGGCUCUGGAGGAACUCACCCUCCGACUGCAGUAUGAAGAGAAGAAGCGACAGAGAGAGGGGGAGGGUCAGUGGGGAGUGACGGCCGAACAGGAAGCGGAGGAGAAGAAGAGGAUUCAGGAGUUCAAGGAAACCAUACCAAAGAUGCGCUCGCAGCUCCGCAUCCUCACCCACUUCUACCAGAGCAUCGUUCAGCAGUUCCUGGUGUUGCUGAUGACCAAUUCAGACGAGAGUCUGCGUUUCCUCAGCUUCAGACUGGACUUCAAUGAACACUACAGAGCCAGGGAGCCGAGGCUGCGAGCCUCCCUGGGCGCCAGCCGCGGACGACGACUGUCAAAUAUCUGACACGACGACGACGAUGGCAUUGACAGACAAGGCUUCCAGUUAUUGGAGCGUGGGGUAUGACAUCACAGUGGGGCAGUUGUGACAUCAUAGAGACGGGCUGGCCAGCAGACUUAACGAGCUUCAUGUCGAGAUGAUGUCAUGCCUUGGAGGAGCGAUCCAGCGCCGCUCUGAACGUUCCGGUAUCGUCGCCGAGGCGGUCGCCAAGUGAUGACAUCACAGCAGCAGUGAAGUCAGCCGUGCGAGAUUGUGAAGGGAAAGUCCAGUAAAUCAAACUUCCAGAGCUUGUUGUGACACGCAGAGGAAACACCCUAAAAACAGACGUCUCAAAAUUCUGCAAAACAUGAGGUAAAAUUACUGAAAGUACGCCGAGCGCGAGGACGUAAAUAACAGCUGCUGUCAGACUGAGCUCCCCCGAGUCACACAGGGCCACCUUACAUGGCAUGCCUUAUUAAUGAGAGAAAAACAAACCGUUUGUUUUUGUUUUUUUUCCUCAGCCUGGUUGCCAAAUCUAGUCCCAACACACACACACACAUAAUGUAUGUACAUAGAGUUUAUGCAAAAAUGUAUGUAUGUGUAUAUUUGCAUCUUUACACGUCAGCACCAGUGGCUUCGCAUCUUCUCACUAGGGUUCAACCGAUAUGGGUCCGAUAAUGACUUUUUUUUUUUUUUUCUUUCAAUUUUGUAUUCGUAGCAGCUAUUAAAACGAUUCAAUCCGAUCAUGUUCAGUACAGUUAUUCCAGAAAGAAAUAGUGUUCCUGAUGGAGAUUAGUCCGGGUUAAUGUGGAAAAGAACAGCACUUACAGCACGAGGCGUAGGAGUCUGCAGCAUAGACAAUAUUUAUGGUCAGUAUUGGUACACCUGUAUAUCGGUCUAACCCUAGUCCUCCACUGUCUCCUCCUUAAAAUCCAGGGUUUUUUAGUGUGUCAGGUCAGCUGUCCAAUCACAAUCACAUACAGAGAUUUUGAAUUACCCACACACACUGGCAGAAGAUUCUGCUUCCAGUGACAUGAAGACAACCAUGGCUCAUACAGACGGAAAGCCCCUUUGUUGCCCACUUUGUUUACGCCUUAUAUUAAUAUCUGAUGGUGUUGAUCUUAAUAGUUUUCGUAGCUGUUUGCAUUGGUGAGAAGUAAAAGAGCAUCUGGCUUUACCUCGACCGAGAACUGACUGAUGUAAAGAAUGUUAUAAUGUUAGUUUAGUUUGUAUUGAGGUGUGGUUUCCCUGCUUGGUUUACACUUUGUGCUUUUCUGUCUGUAUGAGAGAUGGACCUUGUCGAAAGAAACAAUCCUCUCAACAACCACAACAACCUCACUUCUUGUCAUUGCAUAAACAAUAGCAACUAUAACUGUUCAGAUGUUUCUUUAAAAAAAAAAAAAAUGUAAAUAUUUCCAAAUGAAAGUCCACGUUUAAAGAAUUUAAUGGUUAUACAUUUUUCUAUUCUGACAAUAUAAAGUAAAAACCAAGAGUGUUAGUGGUGUUAUUUAGUGAGGUUCGCUCCAUGUGCAUAUGAGAUGAAGAUGCUGACUGUUGCUGUUGAUCAGCUCCCCAUGUUGUUCAUUUUUCAUGAAUCGGAUUCAUUCAGAUUUUCCGUUUGACACCAUAAAAACCUUUGAUUGAGUGACCACCGGCUGAAAACCUCCAUGUCCAAGCUUUCACACUCACAGCCCCAGUUUAGUUAAAUAUAUGCAUUUAAUCGACUCAAACGUGAACAUUUUCCCUUCAGGUGAAAAAUGGAUAAUCAUCAAAAUCUUAAUUGCUGUGGUAGGACACGGGGGUUUACUGGAUUUCCUUUGUAGUGGACAGUCAAACGCUUUUUUGCUAAAAAUGUUUGGAGAUUGAAAAGUCGAGUAGCAUUUCAGUCAUCAAGUUCUACAAUCAUUUCCGUAUGAACAGCUGCCAGCAUUGAUCUCACCUUGUAGGAGCUCUGAUCCUGGGUCAGGGAGCCCAAACAUUAACAGACAUCCCGCGUGCAGUUGUUGUAAUGCACUAUUGUAAUUUCACCGGCUAAAAAUACACAAACUACAAUUUGAAACUCACACACCUUCAUAGUGUUCCAAUCUGGUCUGUUAGGCUCUGCUAAAUUCACAUUUAACUAUGAAUAAGGGCAAAAGUAGAUAUUCAACUUUUCAUAGUUUCUUGUAAGUUGUCCUCCAGCAUCGGCCCUGGAGUCACUGCACACAGUGAUUUACCCACAUCAGUGUGUGUGCAGUGAUGUUCCAGGUUUGAGUUUUUGCUUUUAUUUUUAUCUCCAAUGAAACAAAUGGGUGCUGCAUACGGUCGCUGGACCUGUUAACUGCUUUCUGACAAUGAACUCCUUAAUGCAAAAAAAAAAAAAAAAAAGGGAAAGUGAAUUAAAACACCAAACUGAACCUGGGUCAGCACUCCUGCACUGUCUGUCUCUGUCUGUCCUCUACAUUGUAUAGCACAUAAUGUAUAGAAUAUAGGGAAACCAUCCCACUUCUUCUUUAAUAAAAUGUUUUUUAUUAA